CUCCUCAUGAAGCAUAUUCUCUAAGUCCUUCACAAGUAUUCUUGCCCUUCUUUGGAUGUGCUCCAGCACCUCAAUGUCCUUUCUGUACUGAGGUAUAAUAACUGAACACAGUACUUGAGGUACUCAAGUACUUCAGUGCUGAGAACAGGGGCACGAUGACUUCCUUAGUCCUGCUCACCACACCAUUCCUGAUCCAAGUCAGGAUGCCAUUGGCCUUCUUUGCCACCUGGCACGCUGCUGGCUCAUAUUCAGCUCACUGUCCCUCAGUACACCAAGGUCCCUUUCUGUCAGGCAGCUUUCCAGCCAAUCCUCAGUAACAUCAAAGUGAAAAUCUCUUUACUUUGCUAAUAAUACUUGUCCUACUUUGAAUAUUAAAAAUGAAGGAUCUUUAAUUUUCCAAUUUACAUUUUUUAAUGUAUCCUUUCAGUAUAUAAUCGUAGCUCGCUGGUCAGUGCCCUGAGGUCUAUGAGGUUGCACAAUUUUAUUGCCCCCUUUUGUACAGAAUAAGUUCCGAGAAGUCUAUGGUAGCAUUGUAGUCAAAUAUCUGGAUAACUGUAGAGUUUUGAAACAAAUCCACAGCAGUACCCUCUGAAUUGCAUUACUUUCUCCUGUGCUAGUUACGCAUGUGAAAAGGAAGGAGGAGAAUAGGAAGCAGUGCAAACAUUGCAGUGAAAAAAUUACUGAAAAGAUUUAUAAAGUGUCUGAUGAAAUAUUAGCAAAAUGCAAAAGGGGUUUCUAUCUUAAAAUCACAAGGCUAAACUUCUAGUUUUGUAACUACAUGCUUAUUGGUUUAAAUCCAACUGAAAUAUUUCAUUAGUCUAACAUUGCAGCAAAAUCCACUUUUGAAAAAUAAAUUUCUUUAUUGUAUUUGUAACCUUAUAUUAAUGCUAGUCUAAUCUAGGAUUUGAAAAUGAAAUCAACAAGAAAUUAAUUUAAACUGUUAUUUUUCCCAUUUCGUUUUUGUCCAACUAGUGCUAAAGAGAUGCAAAACAGUAACGGGAAGUCAGUGGAAAGAUCUCAUCCAAGUAAAUGAACUGUUAUAUUCUCCCAGAAUAUCUAAUUGUAGCUCAUGAUAAGAUAUUCCAAAUAGGUGUGGGCUUCUGCAUAAGGUAAUGUCAAUGCUUCAGGUCUCAGAAUACUUCCUUAAGAGGAAGAUAAAUAUAUGGAAGAGAGAUGUCCAUUUCAACUAUUAAUUGAAUCUCCUUCUCCUUGUCCCUUACUAUCCCUUGCCUGUCUUCUCCAUGUAAUCUUGAAAGUUUGAUGUAAAACAGGUAUGUAAACCGGUUCUUUGUCCUUCUGUGACUACUGUUUGUAUAAAACCAAAAUUACCUGUGACUUUUUAAGUUUCUUUACAAAGGUGGACUCUUUACAUGUCAGAUACUUGAAAUAUUUUCUAAACUUCAGCACUCAACUUUUCUCAUUCUUUAGGCUAAGAUUGGUCAAUAGAUCUCUACUGGGAAGGGGAAAAAAUUCUAAAAGCUUGUAAAUUUGAGACUGUUUAGAAUGUGAGCAGCAAAGGAAGUAAACAUUUUGUAGCAUUUGUAUAUUUGUAUACAACUAGAAGUGCUCCUUGGGUUUCUCUGUAUUCCUCCCUUCCACAGGUCUCCUCUCACUCUCCAAACCAAAAUUCUCUUCAGUCCUUGGCUGGCAUUUAUCUAUUGAUCUUUGCACAGCUGGGGCUGAGAAGUGAGCUCUCAAUGGUUGCAAUUGAAUUCUCAUCCUGCAGCUGACUUAUUUCUCAGCUUGGAAGAGCCUGAUUAUGCUCUGAAUACUUCCCUAACAAUCUGCAUGUGGAAUAUUAUUCAAAAUUAAAAUGCAUUUUGAAAAUAGAAUCAAUCAUGUGCCAAGAGCAAAUACAGAUAAAAAUAAAUAAAACUGUCAAGCUUUUUGUGUGAUUUGGCAAACCUCUGCUUCUUUGACUGGAAUUUGCUCCAGUCACCAUGCAAGUCCUACUUUGCUAUAGAAAGUUGUACAGUACACUGUAGUGUUUGUGCCAAGAGUGGGGAAUUACCCACAAGCCAAGAAGACACUUCAUAAUUUGCUCCAAACACUUACCUGCAGUUGUUAAUUACUUAUUGACUACCAUUUCACUUCAAGAUGAUCUUUAAACCUAUUGGGUUGUUAGCAUCACAUUGAGUCACAAUUAUGCAUUCUCCUUGUGUGAAAAUCUAGUUUGGCUGAUGAUAAAUGUCCUCUAAAUUUGGAAGUGGUUCUAUGGAUCCUAAUUGUCACUGGAUCAACACAGUCACUGCUACCAAACAUUCAGAACUGGUUCUUGAAACUGGCUUUGGCAUCUGGUCUUCUAAUUCAGUAGUUCUUGGAUCCCUAAUAUUCUAAUAUAUAUUAUAUAUCCUAUAUAUAAGAUAUAGAUAUAUAUACAAUAUACAUAUAUAUGCAUCUUAUAUUAUAUCCUAAUAUAAUACCGCCACACAGGCAAGGUAUUUCUUUGGUAAGAACAAGCAAACCAAAUUUAUUUCAACUCCAGGAGUUAGGACUCAGAAAACAGUGCUCUCCGUACCAAAACUGAUCUACCUUGAGGCUCAUGGCAAGUUAUGGCUCCACAAUAUCAUAUUAAGUGCACCUUAUAGGCAAAGGUAGUUCAAGUAUUACAAAUAUCUUUAAGAGCAGCUGAUCUUGACAGAGAAAGAAAGAAGAGCAGCUUGUACAACAAGGACUUUUAGGCAACAGUUAUUUGUGUUGUUAAAUGCCAGCUUGCAAUUCAGAUGUUCCACAUGUAAAACAUUAUCUUCCAGGAAAACUAAGUCAGCAAGUCAAAGGCUACUAAUUAUACCUUGGAUGACUGAUAGUUGUCUGCUCUAUUGAGUUCGCUAUUGCGAUUGGAUCGCAUUUUUCUAAAGAGUGGGAAAAAGAUAGCCAAGUGAAUUUUUGUGGCUGUAUUGUUUCAAGGUGAAUGUAUCAAGAUUGUCUAACUAGAUGUUACAUUAAAUUAUCAUGGUAUUGCUGUCUUCAGAUCAGACAGUGAGAGUCAUUGUUAAGUGCUCUCGAGGUGAGAGGAAUCUCAACUACUGGCUCUGUACAAUCCAAGUGUGUAAUUCCUCACUGUAUGCAAACCGAUACCAUGCAAAGAAAGCGCUUUGCAUUUGGCAGAGUUUCUGGUUGUCUAGGAAAUUGUCUCUGAAAACAGAAAUGCUAAUGGUAAUGACUGUUCUUCCCCAGUUUUUCUAGUCAUGAGGCUGUAAGCAGUUUUGCAGUGUGUGCUCCUGUUCCUGCAGGCCAAAGAUUUGUGGUGGGGAGUGCAAAGCAAGGAGCUUCUGCAGGAGAAUCCUCAGUGAUGUUUGCGUGGUUCAGGAUGGUUCUCCAACUUCAGCAGUGAACUAUGUUCAGUUGUGGAUGCUACAUCUUUAUCAAGGACUUCAAAGCCUAAUUAAACUGAAGAAAAAUUUCCACUCAUCACAAGCUCCACUGGUUUAUGAAAUAUCUGAGCUGAAAGACAACUAGACUGCUUCAACAAGGCAGACCCUGUGAUUUGAUGAUAAAACUGACAGAGCUGGUGGUAAUGCAACUGUGUUAAACCUACUUCCAAGCCACGGGGACUUGUGCUUUCAGAACCAUUUUUUGAGCUUGGAAUCACCACAACAUCUGCUGAAAAGAAACAAAGCCCAAAAGAUGGGCUCUGGUCUGCUUAAGCCUACCCCCACUUAGUGCUCCUCAAGUUUCAGACAGCAAUCAUGCCUACUUACUUUCUGCUCUUGCUGUUUAAUCCUUUAAGCUGUUAAUUAGGUGCCUUCUUAGUGAUCCUGAGAGCUCCUUGGGUAUUUGUACUCCUAAAUGUUUUCAGGGGUUCAGUAGAACUCAGUGCACAUACUCAAGAAGUGUGCAGCCUUGGCUUUUAGUAACUACUCAACUUAAUAGGCUUUCAAGCUAUUACUGUCUUCAAGAAACACAUCUCCAAAACCCUGCCAGAGGCUGCUAUCGGUGGGAGCAUUUUGCACUGCUCUUCUUUAAACCGAAGCAUUGUACGGUCCAGCAGGCAAUAGCCACAAACAAAACAGAUCAGAUAGAAAAUGUUUUGCAGAAAGUGGUCUGCAAGUUUAACCCUGCCUAGCUCUGGAUGUAGACUUUCUGGUUCUAUUGCCAGUCUUCAAAAAUGUGAACAAGAGCUUGAAAAUGUGGUGUGCAGAAGCCAGUAAGGAAAAAUCUAAUGCUUUUAAGAACAACGUUGGGUUCUUAAUUGGGUGUAAUUGGGUGAAUCUACCUUCUGUGCUUAAAAGUAGAGAAGACAGAUGAAUGAGCUUGAGCUGUACUUUCAAGGUGAGAAGACAUUAAAUAACUGCUGAGGUUUGGGGUUGGAAUUUUUUUUUUUGUAAUCUUUUUUUCUCGUGUAACCAAAUACCAAUGUUCUUCUCCUUUCUGCAUAGGCUUACCACGUGUAGCAGUCUGAAGGGGAUCUGUGGACUUUGUCUUGAGAAAAUACCACUGUUUUGGAACUAUUCCAGCUCCCAGAUGCUGAGCAUUUUGCUGUUGACCUCACACUGCGUUGGCUGAAUGUUGAUCACUGUGGUGGAUCCCUUAUUUGUGUUUAACUUACUGCUGGCUACUCUGUCAGAACUGUAUCCUGCAGGUCUGUAACUAUAUGCACAGAUUCUCUCCCUAUAAAAUCCUUUUGGUUACUGCUGCUUCUUCAGUGAGGCAGCAGGAGAUGAGUUAGGCAAGCUCUUUGCUGUUAAAUGCAUGCUGGCUGCUCACAAUUUAGAUAUACUUUGCUAAAUGUUCCAUGCCUACUAUUUUCUGCUGUUCUCAUUAUUCAAAUCAUGCUUGUAGAACCUUGUUGUAUUUUUUCUUUUCCUGGAUAUUCAUGACAAAAGUAAUACAGGAUUCCUCCCACUUUGUGCAUAGCUAUUUUCUCAGUCCCAAAGAAUCUAUUGUUGCUAUUAAAGCUCAACAGUAGCACUUGACUGAUUUCUGACUGAUCAGAGACUUCAAUUAUCAGAUAUUUUCCUCUCUUCCUGCCUUGAUUUUUGUGCAGUCCCUCUUUGCUAUCUUUAUGAACAACACAGUGAAGGAUACAUCUGAUAGGAUGCUUUAUACAUGCUGUGACAAUUUGAUUCAAUUUUCACCUAUAUUACCUGUUUCUCCAGGUUAUUAUUUAUAUAUAAACAUGCUUCUCUUUAUCUGCUUCUUGCUCCUAGCCAGUAACACGUUCCAUGUCCCAGGUAUUUGGCCCAAACCUUUAUUGCCAGCACCACCUCAUUUCUCAUGGUUUUGAAUGCCAAUAGGCAUCUUGGGUAAACACUGAGCUCACCUGUUCCUGUGCUCUGUGCUACACCCUUCUCAUUUCAACUGGGAGCUACAGAACAGAAAGCUACCAAUAUCUUUGCUAUAAAAAGCAUUUUAGUGCUACUCGUAAAAACAAAUAAACACCUUCCCUGCCUCAGAUUAUGUGCUCUUGCCAUGACAAAAAAGAUUGCUUUUCUUGUGUGAGUGUUGCACAUAUAAUAUCUCUUCAAGGAUAUGAUCUCAUAGCCUCUUGCUAAUGCAUUGAUGACCCAUUUUUAUUUUGUAUCAUGCUGUUCAAAGACAAAAGAAGGUGAGACCAUCUGAGAGAGUCUUAGUGAUUAAUUGCUCUGUGCUACCUGUCCCAGAAUGCAGAUUGAAAUUGGAGCGCUCUGGCUCCCAGAGCUAAAUUCACAGAAAGCAGCUGUUUUUCCAGUGUUUUUUUUUUUUUUUUUUUUCUCUAAUAAGAAGCAGAAACUCACACCUGCUACUUAAUAUGUGAAUGGUAUUUAAAAUAUUGGGUUGUUUCAAUCAGAUCUGAGUGACAACAGCUUCAGUCAUUUAAACCCAUUUGCAGCCUCUUCCCGUUGUCUAUCACAGACACCAAGAAGCACUUUUAAAAAGUGUGUGUUCCUGUGCAUUAUGUUCAUGUUUUCAUUUAAAGCCACUAGUGGUUGCUCAUUUCCAUUCUUUAGAAGUAUGAAAUCAUCUCUGAUAAACUGUUCAUUUGGCACAUUAAUAACAAUGGAGAAUCAGGCUGGCUACGGUACUUAUACCAUCAGUGUGGUGCUUGAGCAACUCGCCUUUAUGUGUGAAUUUGUUUUUUGAAUACUUAUUGAGUGAGAGAAGUAGAGUUCCCAUUACAUAAAUAGGAAAUAGAAACAAACAGGCAAGCAAAUGUUUAUCUGUUUGCAUAAGAAGGAACAUCAAAAUCAGCAAGCGUCCUUGCAGGAGUGAAGUUAAGCAUUCAAAAAAGCAUUUGAGGAAAUCAGAGUAGAAUGACUAUGCUCCAGCCCAGGAGUGUAAAAAUACUUUGUACAGAUGGAAAAGGGGUUUCCAGAGCCACAUGCCAGCAAUUAGGCUCUGUGGCCGGAUGGAGAAACAUCUUACUUGAGACAGUGCUGAGAAGAAGUGGCAGCAGGAGGGACAGCCGCAGCUAGGGAUAAUCAGCUGGACCCUCCAAAACCAUUAAAAACACGUUUAGUGGUUGGGCUGGAAAGUCCUGUGGAGUGAUUUUGUCUGCUCUAAAAAGUGACUGUUUAUGUGUUUGUUUUCUGGGGAGGGCUGUUAAUGCAGGGAUCCUGCUGGUGCUGGCAGACAUAGCCCAAGACAAUAAAGAUUUCUAAGUUGCACAAGGAAUUUUUCUUUUUGCUUUGAUUCUUAUUCCCUUUAAAAUCCUGAAAGUGUGCAACUUGUCAAGCUUUACUGGUGUCACAAACUCAGCAGAGUUGGGUAUCUGUAGCAGAUUUUUUCAAGGUGUUAUAUCUAAUAAGUGAACUAUGCUUUCUCUCAGAGCCUAUGACUUUAUCCUGAUCUUGAGCCUGGGGAAAACAUCCAGCUAGAGUCUUAUUUCUAUACGGCUAUCAAAAACCUGGUGCUUGGUCACAAGGCCUCACUUCCUUCCAAAGAUGCUGUGUGGGGAAGCAGUACCUAGCUGAGCAGGGCUCCCUCUGACCUUCCCUCCAACUCCUGCCUGGAGGUGGCUGGCAUCCCACAACUGCCCCACACCUAGAGGAUAUGAAAGAGGAGAACCUUAAUUAGUGAACAUGGUGAGGCAUUUCAAGAAUCCACACAAGCAUGUAAAGCCUAUUCUGGUUUGUUUCAGAGCGGAUGGCAUAUACAGACAAGUGUUAGGUUGUUUGUAAUUAUCAACAUCUUUGGUGCUUAUCUGCUGGCAUGGGCCAUGAGGAGCAGCCCAGUGACUGCCUGUAUCUAUUUGCCAGCUGUCACAUGUGUACUCAGUCAUCUCUGCUGGCUAUCACCUGUCAGACAGCAAAUCCAUUUUCUAAGAAACACAAAGGUUUUAUUAUUAUCUGAGAAUGGUAUGAGAUUUCUUAAUCAUUCUGUACAUCUGAUGUGACAUCCUACAUUUCAGGGUGACAUACAAAAGCCAUCCUAAGGGGAAUCUCAAGCACCCGGCCUUGACUGCUUUCUGCCACAGUAUGGCCCUGCUAUCAGUAAUGGCUAUAUGACCAAGGGUAGAGCAGAGCUCUGUAUUUCUGGGUUACCAUAAAUGAUCCACUGUGUCCUGCAAUCUACUGACAAGCAAUCUGGGACAACAAGGCACAUAACAUCAUCUUGAUAUUUUGAGAAAUGGGGACGUAAGAAUUAGAACGUUCUUGUUGGCUGCUUCAAUGCUUUCUUCAUGACAGAAAGUAAUAAUUUUGCUGUCAGUAGGGAAAAAAUCCUAACCUUUUCAACUAUGAUUUUGUCAAAGAAAAAGAAAAGGAAUACUGAAUAUUUAACAGAAAUGCAGCUAUUCCUAAAAAGAAAUUGGCAAAAUGAUAUUCUGAGCCUUCUAACAAUAAAACCAUCUGAUAAUGUUUCCCUUUUCAGUGUGGCUUACUGCAUAGUCAGUGUUGAUGUAUGUAAAACCUGAUAAGCAAUGUAUAAACAAAACAUUCCAUACUGACCUUAGUUGGCUGUAAAGCGUCACAUCCAUCAUUUAAAAAUAUAUGGAAUAUUGGAUUCAAUAAAAACAAUUCUGCUUUGCUUUAGACAAAUGGAGUGAAAAGCUGUCUCUUGGCUCAGGAAAGAUUGUGGAAAAAAUCAGGGUUACAAAAGGGGUAAAAAUUCAAAUGGUAUUUAAGUUCUUGACAAUCUUUUUGUGUUGUCCGUAAAAUUGGCUAAGAUAAAUUGUGGAAAACUUUACUUACCAGAACAUUGUAUUUGACUUGGAUGAGUACAGUAUGUAACAAAAGAAAAAUCCACCUGGAAAUCCAAUCAUCUCUCUCAUCAGAUGCUUAUAACAUUAUAGCAUGUUUUUUAAUGGUAAUUGCGAAUUUUCUGAUUUUAGAGAGGCCUUGGGAAGAGUGCAAAUGAGAAAAUUCAGUGGCUUUCAUAGAACAUUUCAUGCUUGAUUUAGAAAGAUUUUCUUGGACACAAGUUAUAGCAGAGAAAUGGUACAGAAGUUGAAUAGGUAAAAGACAAUGAGGGCAGCAUGACAUUAAUUGCUCUGAGUUUGUCACAGUGGGCUCAACGUAAUGUCUUUAUAGACUUGGAGUUUGCAAGCUGAGGCAGACCCUCUAUCAGUAAGUGCAUUCCUGUCAUUAUCUUGUUCUCCUGCUCCACAGGUGUGCAUCAUACUUGGCAGAAAAUUUGAAAAGACAUGAAUCUUAAAAUAACACAGGAAAGCAAAGAUGCAAGUGGUGAGAUGGGAAAUGUUAGAAAAGGACCUGGAAAAGAAUUUUUACUUCUGCUUUCUCUUGUCAGGUCUCUUCUAUUUUAUCAUCUAUUGUGGCAAUCUCUAGGGAUGGAAAAAUCUGUCACACGCUGCAUCAGAACUUCUUUUCACUGUCUACAGUUAAGUCAUCUGAAUAUUUGAUGGACAAAGCUAGAAGUCUUUUUUCCUUCUAGCGAAUUCACUUACAUUUACUUUUUAGUUUCCACAUGCGUAUGCACACACAUGUGGAGGAUAUACCUUUGUUCAAGAGACUAGAAACUGGAGCAGCAGAUUAGCGGAAAUAAAUGAGGCAUUUUGUAGAAAGCAGGGCAGAAGUGUACUGCUACAGAGAGUCUGUACUCCCAGUUGCCUUCUGGAGCUCUGAAAGCGCGAGCAGCAGAAGAGAUAGGAGAGUAUUUUUUAGUGCAUUUCACACCAAUUAUAUGCUUUCUCAACCUUUAUCUCUUUGGAAACUCCAGGGCCUCCAGCAAUGAAAUCUAUGGUGCCAUCCAGCUGAAUCUGUGCCUCUCCUGGACUAAGAUGCGUGAGCCAAGUUGACUUCAGAUAUCCUUUCUUCAUUACCUCCUUACAGAUUUCAGCUGAGGAGUAUAAGGAUAUGCAAGUCAGUUAAACUCCUUAGGAUCAGUCUGGAGAGUAAUGAUGGGACUUCUUUUUUUCUUCAAUUUCUAAAUCAACUUAAUUUUCUAUCUCCUUGGAGUAGAUUAAAGCACAUUUUUAAGCAAUUCCCAAAUACCUGCAAUAGGUAACAAUGCAAAGAUGAGUGAAAAAGCAUAAGAAAUGAAGAAAAUAUUCAAAGUCUAAAAAUAAAAGAAUAUACAUAUUGUCCAGGUUGGCUAAGUGAUCAAGCAAAGUCACAUACGUUUAGAGAAUGCUUUUUUGCGAGCCAAUCUGAAGAAACAGACUCUAGAGAGACCUGAUGUUUGUAUUUGACUCUGUAAAUGAUGCUUCUCAAGAGAUCUCAUUCUAUCCCCUGUGACCUACUCAUGUUGAGACAGAUGCACUCCCCAAGGAAGCCAUCUUAUAAAUAUAUACUUUUUAUCACUCCCAGAUCCUUUCAGGUUCUUCUGUGCUGUUUCUGCUAAAAGAGGAUGUUGCUUUUUAAAUGCCCUUCAGUGUCCGACUUCUCAGUCUUCAUUUUCAGUAUACGCUUCCUUCUCUGAAUUUCUAGUUCAAGACAGUGCAUUGUUUGUAUAAUUCUCUGGAGUAGGUAACUCAGAUACUGCUCAGUUUUACCUUUAAAAAGGAAGACAAGUUUUUCUCAUACUUCCAUCCUAAUUUUCUCCUGUCAUGAAUGAACUACAGACAAUCUUGUCUUCCACAGCCAACCACAGAGAAACAAGAACUGAUGCUUACCAGAAAGACUGCCAUAAAGGAAAGCCAAGAAAAUACCAAAGAAACUGCAAUUGUGGAAGUGCUGACAGUGUGAUACUUAGAGCAGAGCAGACAGUUUCUCCCUGGAAGCUGUUUUCCUGCCCCCCAUGAUCAUUUCCUUCAGCAGGUGAGGAGCUCGUAUAGGUCUUCUGCUCUCCCCUCGGAUCUCUUUGAGAGCUGUUGUAGCUCUCUGCUUCUUGACCUCCGCUGAUCCUCUUCAAAGUGUUUCUCCAAGAUGUAGUUUGUCAACAGACAGAGAAAUCAAAGAAGCAAGAGUUUGCCUUGUUUCUCAUCCAGGUAAGCAAGCUCUCUUCUGGUUUAGCUGAGCAUGCAUUGCAGUGCGCAUCUGACUGCCAGUGCAUUUGUGAGUUCUGAAAAAAGUGAGUCCCAUUUUCCAUAUUGCAUCAGCAAAUGAUAAAGCACCCAAAUGCUAUGCAGACAGGAUGACCUCAGAGCGUUAGUAAUUUAGAUGAAGAGUUGACAGCAGAGGACAACUUUUAAAACAUAUGCAUUUUUAGGUACUGUUUGUUGCUCUGUGUGACACGUGGGAAUGUGCAGAUCAACCCUUGUUGCCUUGGUCCCCUACAACCCAGAUCUCGUAGUCUUCCCUCCACUCCAGGGAGGCCAUCUGUGGAGACCUCCUCUCAACUGUCCUACAACCAUUCAAGCAUGAGACUGGGACGUGCCAAAGUUCAACUGAGCUCCAGGAAUUGCUGAGGAAAAAAAGAAGCAUAUGACCACCAGUGAAAUCCAAAGAGCCAAAGAGAAUAACUAGGCUUUUAUGCAUAAAUGCUGGAUAGAACCAAGCUCUCUCACAUGGGUAAGAUUGAUGGUUGGGCUCAAUGUUCUUGAAGUUCUUUUCCAACCCAGAUGAUUCUAGGGCUUAUGCAAUUUGUGAUGAGCCAAGCAAAGGCCUUUCCCUCAGUCAACACUGUGUAAAAUGGCUUGAGACCGUUUUCUUCCUGAGCUGGGACUCCUUAGGUGACUUAGGUGACCAAGCACUACUAUAGGGAUGGAAAGCAGCCUGCUCCAUGCCUUGACUGUUAUAGUAUAGCAAAUAUUACGUAUUUUUGUGAGAGCAAUGAAAAGUGCAUGAGUUUGCAAAAGGUUUAUCUAUGUUUUAUAGCAGAAAAAAAAAUGAGAGUAAAACUACAUUGUUUUACUCUUUCAUGCUUCCUUUCUGCUUUUAGAUCUUGUUGCCUGUGAAGUAAAGCAGGAGGUUCUUUAGUUUCUGCAAAUGUCUCAGGGAAAAUGUAGCAGUACAGUUAUGUAUUUACAAAAUGGCAUUAAGCACAUUAUAAAUUCUAUCAAUCAAACUGAAUAUUGCCAAAUGGGAUAUUAUGUUUGUUAAUGAAGCAUGUUUCCCAUUCACACUCCCUAAUUGAGCAGGAAACAGAGGCUACAGCACCUUUUCUGUAAUUCCCUGCAGCCAUAGUCUUGUUUCCCAGAACUAACUGCUCUGUGGGCAUUCCAUCUCUGAAUCACUCCAUCUUAUUUCCAGUACAAUAGGAUUUUCAGCAGUGAUAAUUAUGCUUUGAAAAUGCUAAGUGACAAGCUCAUAGCUGGUAUAAAGUGAUUCAAAUGAACCUAUGCUAGUUUCAUGUCAUAGCCACUGUGUGCAUGUAGUAGAAAAGCAAAAGCUUUAAUCCCUGUGAACAUUUCUUUUUAAUUAGAAACUUUACUAGGGAAAAGGCAUGACUUCUUUUAUUUCUUUUCUAUUUUUUUUUAUCCUCAAGAAAAAAGAUGUUGGACAAGGAUGAUCCUUUGUAAUCAGAAAGUCCAGUUUGAUCUUACUAUAUGUAGGAAUAUUUUGGGAGUGGAUAGUCUUGCAGAUCUCAGUAGUUUUGAGAAACUAUAACUUGGAAGCAAAAUAAUGUGAAAGCAUGUAAAUUGUGUACCAGGUAAGAGAAAACCAACUUCUAAUUUGUAAAAAAUCAUGGGAGUUUUUGCUAAAAAAAAAAAAAAAAAAAAAAAAAAAAAAAAAAAAAAAAAAAAAAGGACAGUAAAAACCUGAGAAUUGGCUGCACCAUUAACACAAAGGAUUUAUGUUAUGUAAAUCUAUUUCCAUGCGAGGCUUUAAAUGUUAUACUGCUCUAAACUAGCUGAAACUAAACUUAGUCCUCUAAAUUAGGUGAGGAUUGGCUUGUCCUCAGACAGCCUUGUGACAGAAGGAAUGCAUUUCCAAUCAUUAUGGUAAUCUGCUACAUAAAUUGAAAAUUAAACUUCACGCCUUUCUCUAUCCCUGAAACAAAUACAGCAAUCAUUUACCUUGUCAUUGACAUUCUAGCAGUUACAAUUUGAUUUAAAUACUGAAUUAGCAAUAUUUAGGGGUUUUUUUUUACAUUAAAAAUAAGAAAAUAAAUCUGAAAAUAGAAAUCACCAUAAUGAAAAGACUUCAUUAUUUUAUUUUUUUAUGGAGGAAAGGUGCUGUGCAUCACAUGAAGUGAAAUACAUUUCCAUCACUUUUAACUAAGGAAAAGCUUAAUUUUCCACUCAUAAAUAGUAUUUUUGCCUGUCUUCUUAGGAAAAUACACACUGAAAAAAAAAAUCUGAAUUGCUUAUUAUAGUUUUAUUGUAUGCAUUUGAAAAUAUGAAGGCUACUUGGAAAGUAAUGCCUGUUAUUUCACUAUGUUGUCUCAUGACAUCAGAGGCAGAUGUUGGUAUUAUGGUAGUAGAGGCUGAACCUUCCUGACAAUAUUGCAUUACAUUUUGUUGCUGUCAGACCAAUGGCAACAGGGGAACAUUCUGACACAAAGGAAUCUGACAUGGAAGUGUGGUGUAUCAUUUAAUUUCUUUGUGCGGAAAAAAUGGCAACCACUGACAUUCACUGAUACUUGCUAAGCUUUUAUGGAGACCAAACAGUGGAUAUAAGCAUAGUGAGGCAAUGGGUGGUGGGUUUCAGCAGUGGUGACAGCAAUGUCAAUGACAAGUUACGUUUUGGAUGGCUAUGAGCAACAGUCACACCAUGGAAUGAAGAGUUUCUCGAUUAACUCAUCUGUGCAAAUCAGCAGAUUACAACUAGGGAACCAUGUACAUAGCUGAAUAUUAUCUUCAGUGCAUUGGAAACAAUGAUGGCAACAUUGGACUAUCUCAAAGUUUGUGUCAGGUGGGUCCCAUGAGUGCUCAAAUAGGAACAGAAAAAACACUAUAUACAGGUUUGUCAGGACCUCUUGAACUAAUAUGAGGCUGAAGAUGAUUGUUUCCUGGAUCACAUCCUGGAUCACUACCACGAGCUGGAGUUAUAUUGGCAGUCCAUAGAGUAACACGUGAAUUGCUCAUCAAAAAAAUCCCUCUGGGUGCCCAGCCAGUGCUGGUAGUAAAUUAGAAGAGGAAUUCAGCACAACGGGAGAAAUUUGAGUUGUCUUUUUCUGUGCUACUUCACAUGGUUUUGGAACAGUAAAGCCCUUCACUACUUCUGGACUUCUUUUCGGUUGCAUAGAGCUGCCAUUCAGACUGCAUGAGUGAAAAGAAUGUUAAAACAUACCAGGCCACAUUGGAAGAGUGUUCACCCAGGAAAUAUCCAAGUUUAUCCCCAAAUAACCCGAACAUCCAAGAGUAUCCAUAUUUGCAUCCUUUAUCACUAAGAAAAUUGUGAGAAAGGACCAAACAGUAGCUUUUUGUUGUUGCUGUAGUAUUUUUUUUAUUUUAUUUUUUUAAUAAAGUUGUUAUGGCAGCAAUCUGUCAUCGGCACUGUGAGUUUAGUGUCCAGAUGUCAGUUUGUUUAUUUUUUUGUUCUUCUGUAACUCCUGUACUUUACUUUGCUGUACUGUAGAAUGAGAGCUAUAGCAGUUCCCAUUGUAAUCUUAGUUUUAAUAUCAUCUACACUGUGUCCUCUGACUAUUUUGCUAUUGAAGACAAGUACAUCAUGUUAGCCUUUUGCAUAAUACGAUUUAAGAUGGUCAGAUUUCUUUCUUUAGUUAGUAAUAACUGUAUAAGUGUGAAGUAGCUUUUUAAAAUAAGUUCAGUUUUAAUUUUGAUUUUGAAGAAAUGACACAGUGACAUUCUCUUUUCACUCAAGUCUGUAGCAAACAUUUCACUGACUUCAAGGAACCAUUAUACUAUCCAAUGUAUGUGUGCACAGAAAUAUUACAUUGCCUGAAUUGAUCACCUGCUGGGCUGUGUUUCAGAUAACAGCUGUGACUGAUAGGGGGAAAAGAAAAAGAGAUGUUAAGAGCUGAGAAAUUUAGCCGAAAAUAAUCCAUUCCCUGUUUUGGAAAUGUUACUUUUAACAGGUCCUAUGGAAGCUAUGGCCUCUUUCAGGCUUCUGCCUUCUCUUUACCAAAGUCCACUUCUUUUAGUAAACAAUGAAUGGAUUUAGGACCUACCACUGCAUUCAAAGCAGUUGCUGUAAAUCAUUAUGUUCAAAAACACUAGGAUGUUGUGCUGGCUCCAAGGAUUCAUUCACACAUACCACACUGCAGCCAAAGGUAUCCUGAAAAGAGCCUUAGGAGAAUACCUUAGUAAACACUGUGAUCAGUUUUUUAAAUUUAUUCUGUCAGCAUCCUUGUGAGCACUUCAAAGUAUACAGAAUUUUACUUUGAAGUAAAAAAGAUAAAUAUUACUAUAAAGAUAACUGAAUAAAUCUAUUGAUCGCAUGGAGAACUUACUGAACUUUUUAAACAUCCACACUACAGCCAGUCGCAGCAUCAAACUGUUGCUCUCUGUGGCUGAUGCUUUCAAUUGAAGUUCAGCUUGGAGAAUUAUUUGUCACUUUCAAAGACAGACGGGAGCUCCUGAUGGCUGGAUUUCUGUUUCAUACCUCAGAAAAUAGCUUGUUACAGGUGAAAAUCUUCAGUCUUUCCCAGAAUGUGGUGCAUAAAAUAUUCCUCCCUCUUAAGAAUUUUGACAGUUGAACCUACAGAAAUAAUAGACAAAGUUGUUCUGACAUACAUUUCAGAUGAUUUCUUGUUUGAAUCCAUUUGAGAUGGUGUCAUGGUUCUAUGUUUCUUGUUUGUUUGUUUGUUUGUUUUUACUUUGGGUUUCAGUAUUCCACAUCAAAACAUCAUGUAGUGUACGGGGCAUCAAAGUAUCACUGCCCCAAUCCCAGGUACCUAUCCCUGUACAUUACAGCAGUCCAGAUCUGACCCUUCCGGGUGGGGGGGGCGCUCUCUUGCUGCCUUGCAGUGGGUGCUGGAGGGUGCUUUCCUGGCCGUUCCAAGCUUUUCAGGUUUGACUCGGUCCCGGGAACUCUCUCUCUCUUAUCUUGUCUGAUUUAUUAAUCUCAAUUUCAAUUAAAUUGUAUAUAUUGUGUUAUUUUGUAUUCCAAUAUUAUAGUAAAAUAAGUUUUCCUCCAUAGAUUGUUGCCACUGCUCUUUUCCUCCCUUCCUUCCUUCCCAUUUUUUUGUGGGACUGGGGUGGGGGGGGAGGGCGGAGGCCUGUCGCCCCUGUCACGGACAUAGAUUGAUCUGGUCAACUCCGUGACAGAUGGCUAUAGGAGUUUAAGUGUAAUGGAAAAGAGAAUUACUAGGAAUUUCUUGUUUUGACUUCCUGAAUUUCUAUAUCUUUUGCUUUCUCAUUCUCUACAGUUCAGACAGAAUUAGUUUUUCUUCUAGCUUGUGAUUUAAGUGAAACUUAAACUGUGUAGCUAGUGGACACAGGUCCAGAGUUUGUGAAGGCAGAUUUCUGAUUAUGUUCUGAUACUGUCAUAUUAUCCACAAAUAUUUAUAUGAUUCUUAAGAUGCACAAGUAACUAUUUGCAGAAAAUGGGAAAAAUACCAUCCUAUGGGUAACCUCUCUCUUUCUCUCUCUCAUUUAUUUGUUUCUUACAUUUAGAUUAUUUCAACACAAAGUAACUUUUUUCUAUCUUUACCUACUACUUUGACAAAACAUUAUUACCUGUUCCGUUGUCUUAAAAUGUUGCUUAAGUCAAGGUAUCUGCAGGACCUGGUUAGUGCUAUUGUGCCAUUUGCACGUGUGGGAGCUGAACUGCAGAGAGAUCUUUGGGAGCAGCUGCAACUUUACCCUUUUUAACUGCUUUCUACUUACUUGAGUAACUGUACUUUCUGUGAAACUAAGUAAAGCAAUUGUGAAGGAGAUUAGACUAUGAAAAUAAUUGAUGGAGAAAGUGGACAUGUAUGACUUUGGUGUAACUUAGCUUUGAUGUGCUUACCCAUUAUUUUUCAUUGGUGCAAAGGUUAAAUCCAUUAACUGGUGGUCUUCCAGUGUGGCUGACAAGGCAUGAUGAGCUCAGGCUAGCAAAACCACAAAGUACUUGAUCUCUGAAUGUAUGACUUUUAUUGUCAGCAGCAAAAGUGACUUGACUUUCAUGUGUUCGCUCUACAUGUGAGGAAAUGAACAUAAAUUAGUAGCUACAGUCAUUUCCUCUGGGUAAAUCUAUCUGAUCUUAAAUACUAGAAUGCUGAAAGGCUAAUGGCUUGACUGGCUGACAUGAUGAACAUCUACAGCUGUUUGUGAAGACAAAGGCAGGUCUUGCGUGCUCGCUGCCUUUGAAAAUCAGGUCACAUCACCAGCAAUGCCUUUAUAAAGAAUCCUCUUGAUUUUAGGAAUAUUUACAUAAACUUACACCAGGACAACAGCCUGAUGUAUCUCUUCAGCAUCUGAGUUUCUAAAAAUUGAAAAGGUUGAGCUUGUUUGCCUUCCAGGAAGCAUUAGAUGAUAGGUGGAGUGUUUUUAUCCCCAAUUCUUGAAUGUGUCAGUGUUUUGCAUUUACACCUAAAGAAGCAGUAUGUAGACCUUACAGUAAUUUGUAGGAAAUGAACACACAUUUGAGGUUUUAUAAUUCACAUGUGCUAACUUCCCUUGCCAGAAUUGCAGUUUGGGAAUAAAACAAACUCAACAGUUCAUGCCUGAGUGAUUAUGAUUUUUCUGUGUCACAGGAUAUUUGUAAACCUUUUACACAGCAUGGCCGUUUUAAUUUUGGUUUGUUUGUUUGUUACUGUUGUUUUAUUGUUUGUUACAAUAAUUGUUUGUUUGGUUUUUUUUGUCUGUUAGGAAAAUUUUUCACAUCAGUAUUGUCAUAUUACUGGAUAAUCUUACUAGAGAAGGAAAGCAAAAUAAUUUAAUUAAAUGACUUGAAGAUGUCACUUCAUGUUCAGCAAUUAACAGAAAAAGUAUGGUUAAGAUUAGAAAGCUUUAGACAUCUUGCAAUGUGAAUAUCCAUGGCAAACUUUGGAUGUUGAACCAGAUACAUUUUGUUUAUAUAUUGUUUUAAGUGAGCACCUUAGCUAAAUAUUGAUGUUUUAUGAGUUACAUUUUUGUAGUAUGUAGCACAAGGACAAACCCAUAAACAAACAUGAUACUUGCAUGUGGAGAAAAGAAAUUUUGAAAUGAUUUGUCUCUCUGGCAAUUGUAAAUCAGGAGUUGUCAGGGGACUGACAAGUUCAAGGCUCUUCCCUAGGUCUGGGAAAGGCUUCUUUGCUGUGGAUUCUUAGGGUAGAAUUCUGGCAACUUGCUCAGAUCCCAGAGCUCUAUAGAGGCUUGGGAACAAAGUGACAGAUGUAGUCCCACAUCUUGGCCCAACUCAUGAGCCACCACUUUUUGUUGGUAACAUUCUCCAGCUAGAUAGGACUUUACACAUGCCUAAAGCAGCAUGUGUUAGCAAAGAUAAGUAGCUCAUGCUCUCUAUGCAUCAUUUCCUAUUGCAGAAUGCUUUGAGCGUCUCUGUGAAAACAACCAAUCCUAAUAACCUGCCAUCUGGACUCCAGAAAUUUAAUGGUUUCUGACUUUAAACUAGCUUCAAUCCGCUUGCUGAGCUGCGUGUGUGCCUGUUACUGGUUGGAAAAUCUCCAGGCUAGAGCACCCUACCUGAGAGAGAGGUUCACUUCAAAUAUGCAUAUCUUAGCCAAACUGGAACACAAUACAUGUGCAACUUGAACAAUCAUGCUGUAUUUGAUCUCUUAUUUCAUAUGGCAUUUAUAAACCUCUCCCAUGUCUUCCCAUUGGGUCUCAGUGUUUAUACAGCUUAACAAUACAGACCUGACUCCAAUGACAGCUCACAUCUAUUUUCUCAACCUGUUGUAGGUUAACUUUAGAAACAAUUCUCUCAAGAUUGUCAGAUAAUCAAAAAGCAACCAACUUAGCAAAUUUUAGAAAAUUGCUACUCAGUAAUGGCGAUAUACAUCGUAUGGUAACUGUUGAGUCACAGCCUGAACCACUGAUUGAGCACCUGGGGAAAAAAUGGUCAGCCCUGGGAGCACAGGUGAAGGCAAUUCAGCUGUGUGAGAGGAAGGAGUGGAGCCUGGCUGCACCUCUCUUAGACCACAUCUCAGAGCUGACUGCCACUGGGGAAGGAUCUCUGGUUGGAAGUUUAUCCCUUGUGGAGUUUUCUUGUGAGCUUAGAUGAGGGUGUGUCUAAAAACCAUUGAGUAAGUCAGCAGUCUGCUGAAAUUUCUUGCUUCCAAUCCUGCUGUGGCUUCACCAGUUCCCCCGCCCAUGCACUGAGACCCAUCAGGAGAAGCAGCCUACAGACUUGCAGAUUGCCCCACCACCCUGAGGAAUCUGAGAUGAGAAUAGCCAAAUGCUGAUGAUCUUGACACUGUUUCUCUCUUAUGUAUGCUGACAGGGUAAAAAGCUUGAACAUGCCUCGUAGCCCAACAUCAAGCGAAGAUGAAAUGGCACAGAGCUAUUCCGACUAUUCUGUUGAGUCUGAAUCUGACAGUUCCAAAGAGGAAACUAUUUAUGACACAAUUAGAGCAACUGCAGAAAAGCCAAGCAGCAGAAUGGAUGACAGUCAGAGCAACACUCUGGUGAUUCGAAUUAUAAUACCUGAUCUCCAGCAAACGAAAUGCAUUAGAUUUAAUCCAGAAGCUUCAGUGUGGGUCGCAAAGCAACGAAUUUUGUGCACUUUGAAUCAGAGUUUGAAAGAUGUCCUGAAUUAUGGACUGUUCCAGCCAGCAAGCAAUGGUAGAGAUGGAAAGUUCUUGGAUGAGGAACGACUUCUCAGGGAAUAUCCACAGCCGGUGAAUAAAGGAGUUCCUUCCCUAGAGUUUCGAUACAAGAAAAGAGUGUACAAGCAGUUCAAUCUUGAUGAAAAACAGCUGGCCAAACUUCACACAAAGGCUAACUUGAGAAAAUUUAUGGAUCAUGUCCAUCAUCUCUCAGUGGAAAAAAUCACAAAAAUGUUGGACCGAGGACUGGACCCCAACUAUCAUGACCUAGAAAGUGGAGAAACACCACUAACUUUGGCAGUUCAACUUGACAAUACAGUAGAAGUGAUAAAAGCUCUGAAAAAUGGAGGAGCACAUUUAGACUUCAGAGCCAAAGAUGGAAUGACAGCUCUGCACAAAGCAGCCAGAGCCAAAAACCAAGUAACCCUCAAGACUCUUUUAGAGCUGGGAGCAUCUCCUAACUACAAAGACAGCUGUGGCCUGACACCGCUGUACCACACUGCUGUUGUGGGGGGGGAUCCUUACUGCUGUGAACUUCUUCUUCAUGAACAUGCUACAGUUAGCUGCAAAGAUGAAAACGGAUGGCAAGAAAUUCAUCAGGCUUGCCGAUAUGGACAUGUCCAACAUCUGGAGCACCUUCUCUUCUAUGGUGCUGACAUGUGUGCGCAGAACGCAUCGGGAAACACAGCGCUGCACAUCUGUGCUCUUUACAACCAGGAGAGCUGUGCCAGGGUGCUGCUAUUCCGUGGAGCAAACAAGGAGAUUAAGAAUUACAACAGCCAGUCUCCAUUUCAGGUGGCUAUAAUAGCAGGAAAUUUUGAGCUUGCUGAAUAUAUCAAGAAUCACAGGGAAGCUGAUAUUGGAUCCUGCUUCUCAUAUCCAAGUAGAAGUCCCCGGAAUCUGUUGCUAUCAGUGCCCUUUAGGGAGGCUCCUACCUACUCAAACAGAAGGCGGAGACCCCCGAGCACCUUAGCAGCACCACGUAUCUUGCUUCGUUCCAACAGCGACAACAACCUGAACAUCAACAAUAUCCCUGAGUGGUCAGCCUCCUCUUCUGCGUCUUCCCACCGCAGCCUUUCACCUCAUCUACUUCAACAGAUGCAGAAUAAUCCUAAUGGAACUGUAAAAACUGUAGGGAGCUACACACCAUCCUCCCGGAGCCGGUCACCGUCCCUAAACAGGUUGGGAGAGGAUGGCAAACGGCAGCAGCACAGGCACAUCAGUGCUGUUUACAAUCCUAGUGCCAACAAGGAUACUCUGUCUGCCUUGGAUUAUCAGGGUCCAAAACGCAAGCUUUACAGUGCUGUACCUGGAAGACUUUUUAUUGUUGUAAAGCCAUAUCAACCUCAAGGAGAAGGGGAAAUUCACCUGCAUAAAGGAGACAGAGUAAAAGUUUUAAGCAUUGGAGAAGGUGGAUUCUGGGAAGGCAGCACCCGGGGACAUAUUGGAUGGUUUCCUGCAGAAUGUGUUGAAGAAGUUCAGUGUAAACCAAAUGAAAGCAAACCAGAAACACGAACAGAUAGAACAAAGAAACUGUUUAGACACUACACAGUUGGAUCCUAUGACAGCUUUGAUGCUUCAAGUGACUGCAUUAUAGAAGAAAAGGCAGUGGUCCUGCAGAAAAAAGACAAUGAAGGAUUUGGAUUUGUGCUCAGAGGGGCAAAAGCUGACACACCAAUUGAAGAAUUCACCCCAACUCCAGCCUUUCCUGCUUUGCAGUACUUGGAAUCUGUGGAUGAAGGGGGAGUAGCAUGGCAAGCUGGCCUGAGAACCGGAGACUUUUUGAUCGAGGUUAAUAAUGAGAAUGUUGUGAAAGUUGGCCACAGGCAGGUGGUGAAUAUGAUCCGACAAGGGGGCAAUCACCUAGUUCUAAAGGUUGUCACAGUAACAAGGAAUCUUGAUCCAGAUGACACAGCUAGAAAGAAAGCCCCACCACCUCCUAAGCGAGCUCCAACCACUGCACUGACCUUGCGGUCUAAGUCAAUGACCUCAGAGCUUGAAGAGCUUGUGGAUAAAGCUUCAGUACGGAAGAAGAAGGAUAUUGUCCCUUCACAUUUUGAAGGUUUGAAGAAGAGGAUUGUUUUUCGAGUCACACUAAAUAAGGUGGAUGAAAUAGUACCAGUUUCCAAGCCAUCAAGAAUUGCAGACAAUGCAACUGUGGAUUCAAGAGUGGCAACUAUUAAACAGCGGCCUUCUAGUAGAUGUUUUCCCUCAGCUACAGAUAUGAAUUCUAUGUAUGAGAGACAGGGUAUUGCUGUGAUGACGCCCACUGUACCAGGGAGUCCACAAGGUCCUUUUCUGGGUAUACCUCGGGGUACAAUGAGAAGACAAAAAUCUAUAGGAAUAACAGAGGAAGAACGGCAGUUUUUGGCUCCUCCUAUGCUGAAGUUUACCAGAAGUCUUUCAAUGCCUGACACCUCUGAAGAUAUUCCUCCACCACCGCAGUCCUUACCCCCUUCACCACCACCACCUUCUCCCUCUCUGUACAACGCUCCCAAAUCCCCAACGUCAAGGAGCUAUGGAACUAUCAAACCUCCAUUUAAUCAGAAUUCAGGUGCAAAAAUUUCUUUGGUUAGGCCUGAAAAUGUGGGAACAAUGAUGAGGGACAAAGGGAUCUAUUACAGACGAGAACUGGACCGUUACUCUCUGGACUCUGAGGACCUGUACAGUCGGAGUGCCACAGCUCAGGCAAAUUUCAGGAACAAGAGAGGUCAGAUGCCUGAAAACCCAUAUUCUGAGGUUGGGAAGAUUGCAAGCAAAGCAGUUUAUGUACCGGCCAAACCAGCAAGGCGGAAGGGGAUGCUAGUUAAACAAUCCAAUGUUGAAGAUAGUCCAGAAAAGACCUGCUCUAUUCCAAUCCCCACAAUUAUUGUGAAAGAGCCGUCCACCAGCAGCAGCGGGAAGAGCAGCCAAGGGAGCAGCAUGGAAAUUGACCCUCAGUCUUCAGAACAACCUGGGCAACUCCGACCUGAUGACAGUUUAGGUGUCAGCAGUCCAUUUGCAGCAGCCAUUGCUGGAGCAGUGAGGGACAGGGAAAAGCGGCUGGAAGCGAGGCGUAAUUCUCCAGCCUUCCUCUCCACAGACCUAGGAGAUGAAGAUGUUGGACUAACACCACCAACACCACGUAUGAGGCAAUCUAAAUUUACUGAUGAAGCAAUGUUUAGUAGUGAAGAUGGCUUUAGGCAGCUUAUGUCACCAUCUCCAAUUCCCGCACCUAGAGAGCCUGAAAAUCUUUUUAAUAGCAGUGAUCCCAGCAAUCAAAGCGAUGCAAGGACAUUAAAUACUUCGUCCAAAACGAAGGGUACUGAAAACAGUACAGCGGCAGCUAAGUCCACAAAUGCAUCCACCUCCGAUAAUUACGUUCACCCGGUCACAGGAAAGCUGCUAGAUCCAAACUCACCGCUAGCCCUCGCUCUCUCUGCCAGGGACAGAGCCAUGAAAGAACAAACACAGCAGAUUCCAGGCAAAGUGGACACUGUUAAGGCUGACCUUAAUAAACCACUUUACAUCGAUACAAAGCUGAGACCCAAUAUUGAAACAACAUUUCCUGUUACUGCUACUGUCUCUAGGCAAAAUACUCGUGGUCCACUACGAAGGCAGGAGACUGAGAACAAGUAUGAAACAGAUGCAGGGAAAGAAAAGAAGGCUGAAGAGAAGAAAAAUAUGUUGAUAAACAUUGUGGAUACUUCACAGCAGAAGUCAGCUGGCUUAUUAAUGGUUCAUACCGUGGACACAGCAAAGUCAGAUGAUACGCCUGAGGAUGAAGAGGAAAAGGGAGCUGAAAUGGAACCGAGCCCCGAAAACUCCCUGACAGAGAGGCCAGAGGGGAGUGAGGAAGCUGAAAGUGAGCUGAACGUGCCUGCUGUGCCUGAGCCACCGGCAUCUCCCUGCAAAACCAUUGUGGCGGCGAGCUCUGUCGACGACCCAGUCAUCUUGCCCUUCCGCAUCCCCCCACCACCCUUAGCAUCAGUUGAUAUUGAUGAAGAAUUUAUUUUUACUGAGCCACUACCACCCCCCUUAGAGUUUGCCAACAGCUUUGACAUCCCUGACGACCGCUCGGUGCCCGCUUCAGCUCUCACGGACUUGAUUAAGCAAAGGAAAAACGGCACACCCUCACCUGCGCCAUUCGUCACCAGCCAGCCAACCAAUUCUUUAGACAGUAAAAAGCAAGUGGGUCUUUCAAACUGUUUGCCUGCCUCCUUUCUGCCACCCCCUGAUAGCUUUGACAACGUCACUGACUCUGGGAUUGAGGAGGUAGACAGUCGGAGUAGUAGUGACCAUCACUUAGAGACAACCAGCACUAUCUCAACAGUGUCCAGCAUCUCUACCUUAUCCUCGGAAGGGUGCGAGAACGUGGAUACUUGUACAGUCUAUGCAGAUGGGCAAACAUUUCUGGUGGACAAACCCCCAGUACCUCCUAAGCCAAAAAUGAAGCCCAUAAUCAACAAAAGCAAUGCACUUUACAAGGAUGCGCUAAUUGAAGAAACUGUAGACAGCUUUGUUAUUCCUCCUCCCGCUCCACCCCCACCUCCCAUCAGUGCGCAGCCCAAUAUGGCAAAGGUUGUUCCCCAGAGGACAUCUAAGCUAUGGGGGGAUGUGACGGAGGUGAAAAGCCCAAUUCUCUCAGGCCCAAAGGCUAAUGUUAUUAGUGAAUUGAACUCAAUACUCCAGCAAAUGAAUAGAGAGAAAUCCUCAAAGCCAGGGGAAGGAUUGGAGUCACCUACUGGAACAAAAACUGCAAGUCUCAGUACAAGGAGCACAGAAGUCAUGAGUACUGUCUCAGGUACACGAAGUACAACAAUCACUUUCACUGUCCGACCUGGAACCAGCCAGCCGAUCACACUGCAGAGCAGGUCCCCAGACUAUGACAGUAGGACCUCAGGAGCACGGCAUGCUCCAAGCCCUGUGGUUUCACCAACAGAGAUUAAUAAAGACAUCAUGCCUGCUCCUCUGACUGCUUCUGCUUCAGCUUCAUCUCCUUCUCCAACUCUGUCCGAUGUAUUUAGCCUACCCAGCCAGCCCCCCUCUGGGGACUUAUUUGGCUUGACCACAGGGCGCAGCAGGUCUCCUUCUCCCUCAAUAUUACAACAGCCAAUCUCAAAUAAGCCUUUUACAACUAAGCCUGUCCACCUGUGGACUAAACCAGAUGUGGCAGAUUGGUUGGAAAGUCUAAACUUAGGUGAACACAAAGAAACAUUUAUGGACAAUGAAAUAGAUGGCACUCAUUUACCAAAUCUACAAAAGGAAGAUCUGAUAGACCUUGGAGUGACUAGAGUUGGGCACAGAAUGAACAUAGAAAGAGCUUUGAAACAGCUGCUGGACAGAUAAGAAUAGCUAUUUUGCCUCACAAACUUCUGUUGAUAACUAGAGAUGGGCUGGUACUGAAAUACCCCAAAUGCCUUGUCUGUCUGCGAGUGCCAGCAAAAUUAGGGGGGAAAAAUAAAACAGUUUAAUUCCUGGUACUCAGGUAAUGCAGACUAUAUGUUACACACCCAAAUAUAAAUCUAAAUGUGUUGCACGAGUGGGGCCAUUUAUUUCAAAGUUGUGGGGAGAUACAAGAGAGAGAGAGAGAAAAUUGUUAACUUCAAAAAUAUUACCAUCUAUUGAUACUGCCCUUCUCCUGGAACCAUUACAGACCAGUUUUCUUUUAACUUCAAAUUGCAAGCUUUUUUUUUCUCCUUAAUUGAAAAGCACUGUAUUCUCUUCUUGACAUUCAUUCAGACUCCCAGCAGGUUUCCUUUCUGAAAUCUUAGUUUAUUUAAAGAGGACAGAUUGCUUCAUUACCAUUCAAAUCCAUUUUUGUUAGCAGAGGUACAAUAUUGAGACAGGUACAGGAGUUCAUAUAACUGUUUUUUUACAAAGUUUAGCUCUCCGAUUUGUUGGCAGAGAAGCUGGUUGUUCUGCUGGAAUUAGCUCAAAGGUAACCUUGCUCUGUUUUACCUGGUAUUUCUUUAUUUCUGCAGUUAUAUUUAGCACUCUUCCAAGGUGGCAGAACAAGUUCAAUACAUGCUCCAUUGACGUGACCUGUAAGACGAUGCAGAUAUUUCAUAAAAGCUGAGAAGGAAUGCUCACUUAGAGGUACAACAAAAUGAAGCUAGUUUGAACCUGAGACCCCCAGUUUUCAACCAGCUAAACUACUGCUAAGUCGCAAUGUGAACUCUGCAAAUCAGAAAAAAAAUUGGGUUUAUGUACAGCUGCAUCUUCAGGACUUCACAGUCAGAUAUCAAAUACGCUGAACCCUGAGUGAUAUUGUCUAAUCCAGUGAGUGAGAAGUACUUAGAUAUUUUGAACAUCGGGCCAAGAAAGAUUAAGUAGAUGAAUGUUCCCAUUGAAGUCAACGAGAAGGUUGCCAGUAUUUUAAGUAAGAGAGGAAUUUCAAGCUGUUAGCAGAAAUAGAAAUAGUUUAUGUUGCUUAAAAAGAAAAAAAAGAAAAGAAAAAAAAAAAACCUAAUGCCAAGAUAGACCAAGGUAUGUAGUGUUCCAGAGCAUAUGUGCUUAAGGGGCAAGGGAAGUAGUAGCUAUCCGGUUUCUCGUUUUUAUUGCUAUUAACAAGUAUGGGCUCCUGGACCAGAAGAGCAGAGUGAACACCUCCCGGGGGGCUGAACGCUUCCCAUGGCCACCCGUGAUUGCUGUGCAGGUGGCAGUGAGCACGCCCUGCUCUGGGCCGGAGCUUCCAGGAGACCUCGGCAGCAGGGGGAGCACACAUUUGGUCAGUCUGACUAUUUCAUUUUAUUAUUUUUUUUAAGUUAACAAGUCUCUCUCUGCAUGUUUGACCUCCCCUUGUAAUUAACACCUCUAAAUAUCUGUGAGUUUUGUAGGUCUUUAUUAACAUAAUACUCAAGAUGUUCAAGGUGGAUAAAUUGUGUGUGGAUGGCUAGACUGCCUACCUACCAUACUUUCAGGUUCUCUUACAUUUUGCAGGAUACCUGAACUUUCUUUCCUUGAUAUGUUCCUUGAUAUGGUCCAGCCUAUCUCUAAUUUUUUUAUUGUGAUUAUUUUUGCUCACAAACAAGUGUCUAAUUAGGUCUGCAACAGCCCUAGUAUGAGUACAUAAAGUUUAGCAUUUUAAAUAUCUUUCUUUACUGCAAGUUUAAAUAGUUGUACAGAUAGUUUAUAAGCACAAUAUUUUAAGAAAAUAAGUGGCUGGUCUACUGGGCAGCCUUUGUGCCACUUCAGUGCUAGAAAGUGAAAAACAACAAAAAAAAAAAACUUUUGUGGUUUAAUACUAUUUCUGUGGAAUAAUUAUAAAGUCUUGACCUUUUUAAAAUCAACCUCAUUUGGAUGCAUCUGAACCAGCAGAGCUGUGUUAUAUUUUCUAUCUUUGCUAGAACUUCUACAAAGGAGGAUGAAUAUUUCUUCAAAAGUGGUUAUAGUUACCAACGCAUUGGAUACUCAUAAAAAGCAACUUAUUUAGCCUCCUGCCCCCUUUACGGAACAACAAGUCCUUUGACUUAACAUCUGUUACUACGCUAUAUUUGUAUUUGAAAGUUCCAAGUAACCUUGUAAUAAAAACCAAGUACUAAGGUGUUUUACUUCCAAAAGUACUGCAUUUUUCCAUAGGUGGUGUAGAAGAUGACAGUCUCAUUCAGAUAGUCAACACAGACAACUUGAGGCCAUCAGAUACUUUCAGAAGUGUACAAAUGGUAAUUUAGCCAUCAUUGUCUUCCAUUUGGUGAUACAACAGAAUUCAGUAAAUAAACCACUAAUGCCAUGCUCUUUUUUUUUUUUUUUUUUAAUUUUUUUGUUUCUUUGGGUACAGUUGAUAUUACCUCUAUAAUAUGUGCCAGAAAAUACGUUAGAAAUUAUGGUAGUAACAACAAUGUAGAAGUUGACUUUGAAGCUGCUUUUUACUCACAACCUUAUUGUUGAAUUUCAGUUUAAUGAGUGCUGACGUUCAAGGUCAAUUACAGUUGGUGGUAAUCCCUUUCUAACACAGGUGUGUUUCUUGCCUGUCUACCUUUUCAGGUACUGAAAGAAUAGGUACAAAAUCAUUAGCAGAAAAGAGGUUUGAAACAUCAAAGAGCUAAUGAAAUAGUUUAUUUUUACAUCGUGUCUUACAAAGUAAACGUAACGAGACCUGAGAGGACCUCCUUUCACCAAUAAAAUGCACCUCUGCCAAGAUGAAUUGGUCUCUAGCUCUGUUUGAUGAUUUUGCUACAGAAAGCAAUAGUAACAGAUACGACGUUGCCUCUGAGUAUUUUCGUCAGUCUGGAAACGUUGGGGGGAGGAGAGAAGACCCAUUUAUUUCAUGCUUCUAUGAUAGUGAAAAACAAGUUGUUAGAGAUCUAUGAAAUACAUUAUGAUAUUCUGGGUUUUAGGAUCAACUUUUGUUUAUAUACUGUAAUUUAAAUAAAUUGCAUUUACAUGCCUAGUUUCUGUAAUAUUUGUGUAUACAAUACCAAAAUCUUACAAGAUGUAAAUUGUGUAUAACUGCACAGACUCCUUUCCGUAGGUGUCUGAGAACAUUUUCAGUUGAAUUCAUAUAUUAUAAAAUGACUAGAUGUGACUGUUGAUUUACAGAAUUUACAUAUCACAAAAGUUAAUUAUUUGUGGUACUUAAGUUAAUAAAAUAGUGAUUUUUUUCUCCGUUCUUAAAAAGCAUUACCCAGUUGAUCUGGCGAUGAUUAUGUGUAUGAGCCACAAAUAUUGAUAAUUUUUCCAUUACAUUUUUUCUUUUCUUUUCUAGAUAUUACUAUGUUUCUCGCUAUAGUUUGUGUAAGAACUUGUGUUCACGUUAUCUAUGUUGCUGUAAUUUUCGUGCUUUAAUUCCUCUUAUUUCAACUGAUUAAAAGAUCAAGCUCCUGUAACUUGCACUUUUCCCCAAUCCUUAAUACUCUUGUAUGGCAACCAAAAUUACUGUAAGAAAUAAAUAUAAUAUUGCACUAA